AUGGUCAUGCACAGCCCCCAGCUCACCUGUGCAGCAAUUGCCUUUGCUCUCUGCCUUCACCUUGCCAGCACCAUUGAAGUCCCUCUGGAUUCAAACAUUCAGAGUGAAUUGCCCCAGCCCCCCACCAUCACCAAGCAGUCCGUGAAGGACUACAUUGUCGACCCGAGGGAUGACAUCUUCAUUGAAUGUGAAGCCAAAGGGAACCCAGUUCCCACCUUCUCCUGGACACGGAACGGGAAGUUCUUCAACGUGGCCAAGGACCCCAGGGUGUCGAUGCGGCGGCGGUCGGGGACCUUGGUCAUCGACUUCCACAGCGGGGGGCGGCCGGACGACUACGAGGGCGAGUACCAAUGCUUCGCCCGCAACGACUUCGGCACCGCCCUCUCCAGCAAGAUCCACCUCCAGGUCUCCAAGUCUCCCCUGUGGCCCAAGGAGAAGGUGGAUGUGAUUGAGGUGGAUGAAGGUGCUCCACUCAGCCUGCAGUGCAACCCACCCCCUGGCCUGCCCCCUCCUGUCAUCUUCUGGAUGAGCAGCUCCAUGGAGCCCAUCCAGCAGGACAAACGUGUGUCCCAGGGCCAGAAUGGGGACCUCUACUUCUCCAAUGUCAUCCUGCAGGAUGCUCAGACAGACUACAGCUGCAAUGCACGCUUCCACUUCACCCACACCAUCCAGCAGAAGAACCCCUACACCCUCAAGGUGAAAACCACCCGAGGGAUCUCAGAGACCACUCCCAGCUUCAUGUUUCCCUACGGGACCUCAAGCAGCCAGAUGGUGCUCAGAGGGGUGGACCUCUUGCUGGAGUGCAUUGCUUCAGGAGUCCCAGCACCAGACAUCAUGUGGUACAAGAAAGGAGGGGAGCUCCCAGCAGGCAAAACCAAGCUGGAGAACUUCAACAAGGCUCUUCGCAUCUCCAACGUGUCUGAGGAAGACUCUGGGGAGUAUUUCUGCCUGGCCUCCAACAAGAUGGGCAGCAUCCGCCACACCAUCUCGGUGAGAGUGAAGGCUGCUCCAUACUGGUUGGAUGAACCCCAAAACCUGAUUCUGGCCCCUGGGGAGGAUGGCAGGCUGGUGUGUCGAGCCAAUGGGAACCCCAAGCCUUCCAUACAGUGGCUGGUGAAUGGUGAGCCCAUAGAAGCUUCUCCCCCCAACCCCAGCCGGGAGGUGGCUGGGGACACCAUCGUGUUCCGCGACACGCAGAUCGGCAGCAGCGCCGUGUACCAGUGCAACGCCUCCAACGAGCACGGCUACCUCCUGGCCAACGCCUUUGUCAGCGUGCUGGAUGUGCCCCCACGGAUCCUGGCCCCCCGCAAUCAGCUCAUCAGGGUGAUCCAGAACAACAGGACCCUCCUGGACUGCCCCUUCUUUGGCUCUCCAAUCCCCACCUUGAGAUGGUUUAAGAACGGCCAGGGGAACACACUGGAUGGAGGAAACUACAAAGCACAUGAGAAUGGCAGCCUGGAGAUGAGCAUGGCUCGGAAGGAGGACCAGGGCAUCUACACCUGUGUGGCCACCAACAUCCUGGGCAAAGCAGAGGCCCAGGUUCGCCUGGAGGUCAAAGACCCAACCAGGAUUGUGAGAGGCCCAGAAGAUCAGGUGGUGAAGAGAGGCUCCAUGCCUCGCCUCCACUGCCGGGUGAAGCACGACCCCACGCUGAAGCUCACAGUCACCUGGCUGAAGGAUGAGGCCCCCCUGUACCUUGGGAACAGGAUGAAGAAGGAAGAUGAUGGCCUGACAAUAUUUGGGGUGGCUGAAAAGGACCAAGGGGAUUACACCUGCGUGGCGAGCACGGAGCUGGACAAGGACUCAGCCAAAGCCUACCUCACUGUGCUAGCUGUCCCUGCUAACCGUUUGAGAGACUUACCCAAAGAACGCCCUGACCGGCCUCGUGACUUGGAGCUGACAGACCUGGCCGAGAGGAGCGUCAAGCUGACCUGGAUCCCUGGGGACGACAACAACAGCCCCAUCACAGACUACAUCGUGCAGUUCGAGGAGGACCGGUUCCAGCCUGGCAUGUGGCACAACCACUCCAGAUACCCUGGGAGUGUCAACUCAGCUGUCCUCAGCCUCUCUCCCUAUGUCAACUACCAGUUUCGGGUGAUAGCAGUGAAUGAUGUGGGCAGCAGCCUGCCCAGUGUGCCCUCUGAGCGAUACCAGACCAAUGGGGCACGUCCUGAAAUCAACCCAACAGGAGUCCAAGGGGCAGGGACCCAAAAAAACAACAUGGAGAUAACCUGGACGCCUCUGAAUGCAACUCAAGCUUAUGGGCCCAACCUCAGGUACAUUGUGAGGUGGAGGAGAAGAGAGCCCAGAGGGAGCUGGUACAAUGAGACAGUGAAGAGCCCAAGGCAUGUGGUCUGGAACACUCCGAUCUACGUCCCCUACGAGAUCAAAGUGCAGGCAGAGAACGACUUUGGGAGAGCACCAGAGCCUGACACCUACAUUGGCUACUCAGGGGAAGAUUUGCCCAGCUCCCCCAGGUAUUUAAGAAUCCGCCAACCCAAUCUGGAAAGCAUCAAUCUGGAGUGGGAUCACCCAGAGCAUCCCAACGGAGUCCUCACGGGAUACAACCUUAGAUACCAAGCCUUUAAUGGAUCCAAAACGGGCAGGACUCUGGUAGAGAACCUCUCUCCCAAUCAGACAAGGUUCACCCUGCAGAGGACAGAUCCCAUCUCGCGCUAUCGCUUCUUCCUGCGCGCUCGGACCCAGGUGGGAGAAGGAGAAACCAUAGUGGAGGAGUCACCAGCACUGCUGAACGAAGCCACACCAACCCCAGUGACUUUGUGGCUUCCACCUCCAACUACAGUCGCUCUAACCAGUACUACAACCACCCCAACUACCACCACCGACACAACUACUGACACUACUACUACUACUGCUACUGCCACCACAACUACUCCUACCACCACCACCACCACUCCAGCUGCCACCACUCUGCCUGCCACCACCGUCGCAACCACCACAGCAGCUACCGAGAGGGCUCCAGCAGCCACCACAAAGCAGGAGUUGGCCACCAAUGGAUCAUCCAUAUGGGACAUAAGAGCUAUGGCUAAUAGUAACUGGGCAAACAUCACCUGGAGCCACAAUUACUCGGCAGGAACUGACUUUGUGGUUAAGUAUAUCACCAGUAACAAGACAGAGAGAUCAAUCCCCGUUAAAGCUCAGACCCCUUCCUCUGUGCAGCUGGCGGAUCUGACGCCGGGGAUGAUGUACAAGCUGUGGGUGUUCCCCAUAUGGUCUAGCCCCAGCGAGCACUCGUACAUCACCUUUACCACCAGCUCAGCUUACACCAAGAACCAGGUGGACAUUGCCACUCAGGGCUGGUUCAUUGGGCUGAUGUGUGCCAUUGCUCUCCUGGUCCUCAUCCUGCUGAUUGUUUGCUUCAUUAAGAGGAGCAGAGGUGGGAAAUACCCAGUGCGAGACAAUAAAGAUGAGCAUCUAAACCCCGAGGACAAGAACGUAGAAGAUGGCUCCUUCGACUACAGUGAUGAAGACAACAAACCCCUGCCCAACAGCCAGACCUCCUUGGACGGCACAAUAAAGCAGCAGGAGAGCGACGAUAGCUUGGUGGACUAUGGAGAGGGAGGGGAAGGGCAGUUCAACGAGGACGGCUCCUUUAUUGGCCAGUACACGGUGAAGAAGGACAAGGAGGAGACAGAAGGCAACGAGAGCUCAGAAGCCACCUCCCCAGUCAAUGCUAUCUACUCGCUGGCAUAG